AUGGGGAAUGAAACCAAGAUUAUAGAUCUCGAUAUUUAUAAUGGAGCUCUAUCUGACACAUCACAUACUCUACUAGGGGUUUAUAUGACGUUUGUCGGUCUUUUAUCGUGUUCUGGGAAUGGUCUUAUUAUCUAUGUAUUUAUCAGGAAUCGAUUGUUUCGACAGCCACCUAUCAAUGUUUUUAUAAUUAGUUUGGCGUCGGGUAACUUGUUAGAAUCGUCCCUAGGCUUCCCGUUAUGUGCUGCAUCAAAUUUCGCUAGAAGAUGGUUAUUUGGAUCAGUUCUGUGUAAUUUUUAUGGUUUCACGUGUUAUUCAGCCACCUUGGCGAAUAUGUCGACCUUCGUAGUCAUUAGUUUAUACAGAUAUAUUGUGAUCUGUCGUCCAGAAAGAGUUUCUCACAUGUUAACUAACAGUAAUAUCAGAAAAGCUAUUUGCGGUGUCUGGAUGUAUGCUUUAUUCUGGGCGACGUUACCCCUGGUCGGCUGGGGAGGGUACAACCUGGAACCUUAUAAAACAUCCUGCAGCCUCGACUGGACCAAUACCUCCAUCAACUCUAAAACCUAUAUUAUCUGUGUAUCACUGUUCGUGCUGAUGAUACCACUGAUGAUUAUGAUCAUAGCUUACAGUGCUAUUAUCUGCCAAACCAAAACCCAUAUAUCAAGCCUCACGUCCAGUGGAGAGGUGAAUAACUUGCCGAUAGACCAUGCCCAACAUGGGGUACAAGUUGUUAGUGAUAUUGAAAACAGAAUUUCAAAGAUAGUCUCAGUCACUAUUAUUCUCUACGUUAUUUCUUGGAUGCCUUACGCCAUUUUUUCUCUGAUGUCGACGUGGGGGGUAAUUUUCGAUCCAAACUUCACCGUUAUUCCUAUUAUGUUGGCAAAAACCCAGUGUGCAUAUACUCCACUUAUUUAUAUAAUUGGACACAAGAAGUUUCGUCGAACUAUUUUCGCUCUAGUAGGAGUAAGCAGUGCUUCUAACCACGUGGCUUCGCAGGGUCAGUUCAAUAGAAAAAAACCUGCAGAAAGGAUACAGUUGGGUUAA